AUACCCCGGAUGUCCGGGGCUUUCGUCAUGUUUCCAUACACGAGCACGCUGUCUCCUAGCAACUAGAAACAGCCAUGGCGGAGGAAAGAGAGAUUGCAGAGGCUAUGAUAUCUGAAAUUCAUAAAAAGAUUACAGAUGCCUUUGAUGUUUUUGAUCAUGAGUACAACAAGACUGUGGAUGUUAGGGAGAUUGGUACUAUAAUUCGUUCCCUCGGCUGCUGUCCAAGUGAAGGAGAACUGCAUGAUAUUUUGGCUGAGAUUGAAGAUGAGGAGCCUACUGGUUAUAUUAAUUUUGAUAGAUUUCUACCAACCAUGACUAAAGUUUUAAUGGAGAGGAGGUACAGACCUAUUCCAGAAGAUGUUCUUUUACAAGCUUUUGAGGUCUUGGAUCAAGAAAAGAAAGGCUAUCUUACGCCAGAACAACUCACUAAAUUUAUGUCUGAAGAAGGAGAACCAUUCACACAAGAGGAAAUGGAGGAGAUGCUGUCUGCAGCUGUUGAUCCAGACAAAAAUGUGAUUCUAUACAAAGACUAUGUGACAAUGAUGGCUGUUGAAGCACCUUAAAGCAAGAGUUUGCUUUCACUCUUUUGAGUAUUGUUUUGGUAAUAUUGUUUAGUAUUUGUUUUUUAAUAAAAACUACAAGAUUAAAAAACAGAUCAGAAAUAUAUAUUUAAAAUUAAUAUAUGUUUAUACAUUUAACAUUGUUUCUAAAAUAUCAACAUAUGAUUCGAUAGUCUUGUAUCUCCUGCAACUUUGAACUAAACUGGUACCAUGUUCCAUGUAUCCUCUGUGAUAAAAUAUUUCCAAACAUUUUAGUGAAA